CCGCUCAGGUCGCUUGGUUGCUAGAAAACUGUUGUAUUAAUACGUUUGCGGCACCGGUAUGGCCCUCAGCGCAACAUCACAAGCUAGGCGCCUCGUGCCCGGCUUCGCAACGGGAUUUCGUUGGCUAGCUUCAGCAGCUGCGCCAAUCUCAGCUGCAGCGGCAAACACGCCAAUAAAGGUCAAGCUACUGAUUAACGGCAACUUUGUUGAUUCCGCAACGGAUAAAUGGAUCGGCGUGCAUAACCCGGCAACACAGGAUGUCCUCUCCCACCUGCCCCUCACCACCAAGUCCGAAUUCGACUCGGCGGUGUCGGCUGCUGCAGAAGCAUUCCCGCGUUGGCGCGCCACACCCGUCCCAACUCGUGUGCGCGUCAUGUUCAAGUUUCAGGAGCUAAUCCGCGCCAACAUGGAGGAGCUGGCUCGCAGCAUCACCCUGGAGCAGGGCAAGACGCUCGCGGACGCCCGGGGGGACGUCUUCCGAGGACUGGAGGUGGUUGAGACGGCGUGCGGUAUUGCGCCCUUCCUGACCGGGGAGAUGCUGGAGAACGUGGCGGGCGGCAUCGACUGCUACUCCGUUCGGCAGCCACUCGGGGUGGUGGCCGGCAUCUGUCCCUUCAACUUCCCCGCUAUGGUGCCGCUGUGGAUGUUCCCGCUGGCAGUCACCGCCGGCAACACCUUCCUGCUGAAGCCUAGCGAGCGCGACCCGGGCGCCGCGGUGAUGCUGGCGGACCUGGCGCAGCAGGCGGGGCUGCCCAAGGGCGUGCUCAACAUCGUACACGGCAGCCGUGACGUGGUCAACUGGAUUUGCGACGACCCCACCAUCCGCGCCAUCUCCUUUGUGGGCUCCAACGCGGCGGGCCGCUACAUCUACGCGCGCGGCUGCGCUGCCGGCAAGCGCGUGCAGAGCAACUUGGGCGCCAAGAACCACGCGGUGAUCAUGCCGGAUGCGGACGUGGACUCCACCGUCAAGGCGCUUGCAGGUGCUGCCUUUGGCGCCGCGGGUCAGCGCUGCAUGGCCAUUUCCGCGGCGGUGUUUGUGGGCGGGCUGUCGGAGCGGUGGAGCGGCCCGCUGCUGGAGGCGGCUCGCAGCCUCAAGGUCAACGCGGGCUGGGAGAAGGACGCGGACCUGGGGCCCAUGAUCAGCCCGGAGGCCAAGUCACGCGCCGAGCGGCUGAUCGCCAGCAGUGCGUCCCAGGGCGCCCGGGUACUGCUGGACGGGCGGGGCGUGGUGGUUCCGGGCUACGAGCGGGGCAACUUCCUGGGCCCCACCGUGCUGGCAGGAGUGACUCCGGACAUGGAGUGCUACAAGGAGGAGGUGUUUGGACCCGUGCUGAGCUGCAUGGAUGCUGCGACCCUAGACGAUGCGCUCGCCAUCGUGAACACCAACGAGCACGGCAACGGAACUGCCAUCUUCACUCGCAGCGGCGCAGCAGCCCGGCGCUUCCAGAAUGAGGUGGAUGUGGGUAUGGUGGGCAUCAAUGUGCCCAUCCCCGUUCCGCUGCCCUUCUUCUCCUUCACCGGCUGGCGGGGGUCCUUCGUUGGCGAUCUGCACAUGUACGGCCGCUCGGGAGUUCAGUUCUACACGCAGAGCAAGACGGUCACCGCUAAGUGGCCUGCGGAGGACGUGGCGCAGAUCAGCAGCGGUCCCUCGUUGGCUGGCAAGGCGGCGUGCGGCGGCGGCGCCAGGGAGCGGUUGCCGGGACUGGAUCGAGUGGGUGCUGCUUGAGGAAUGAAGGGGAGGUGUUUGUGGUGAUAAAGGGCGAUGGUGGGUGUUGUAGGCGUGUUGGUGAAGGUACGAAUGACGGGUGAUGGUUGCGGUUGGGCCGUUGCAUGGAGGGAUGUAUGUGUUGAUGAGAGUGUGGAGAUGGGAGGUGUACUUGUACUGUAGAAGGUUGAGUGGGGAUGCAGGGAUUGCGUUAAGUCUGGAAGUGGUCCCCUUGUACAGAGUGUGUAUUGUUUUGAAGGAGAUGUGUAUUAGCCUAGCAGUGGCAGCUGGAUGUAUUGUAAGGCGUUGAGCUGAGGAAGAGUCGCUGCUUAGGUUACAUGUACCAAAGGCGUAUUUUUGGACGCGAACAAGUGGUGGAGCACUGUUGUAGCGACCAAGGAAGACCGGAUUCGGAGCAAGGUACCUGCAUACCAUGGGCAUGUUGGUAGUGGUAGUGUUUAACCAGGUAUGGGCCUCGUAGGGCUGAAGAGUUUCGGAUCCUGUGUCUAUGUGCACCGCAGUACAUAUAGCAUUACAGGGUUAGCAGGUGUUGCUCGCUUCACACGUCCCUUUUGGAGCCCUCGUGUCGGUCAUUGUCUCAUUGGACGUGCAUCAUGUGGGGGUUGGAGGAAUAAAGAAGAGGAUCAGAGGGCGCUAGACUCCUGGAUGCGGCAGGUUAUAACUGUAAGCGUUUUCGCUACAGCUGGUACGGCCAAUACAUGCCGUACCAGCGGUAGCUGUUGGCUUGCAACCCGGCG